AAAAGCCUUGAGGCACCAUUAAGAACUGAUAAGGAUGUAUAAACUCUGGACAAUUAAUUUCUUCAGGAAUGUUUUUUGUCCUCGGUACGCCGCAGAUGCCGAGCAUCACCUCCCUACCCAAGAGGGUCCUGGUGACAUCACAUCCUCCCCAAAGAGUGACACAGCCUCCCAAGCCAAGUGACAGAGAUCUCCUCAGCUGCUCUGCACCAGCCCCAGGCACAGGCGCCCCAGGGGAAGAUGGACACGUCUCCUGCCCUGCUCCUGCUGCUCGCUCUGGGAUUCUGCUGCCCUGGGAUCUAUGGCCAGAAACUGGAGAUGAAGCUCAGGUCUCCCAAGGACAUGGGGCAGCUCCGGGUGGGACAGAGGCUGGAGCUGGAGUGUCACACUGACAGGAGCCAUGGGGCAUCCUGGAUCCGCCAGGACAGCAGUGGGACCCUUCACUUCAUUGUCUUCAUCAAUUCCCUGUCCCGGCCCACGUUUGAGGGGGGACAGAAAACGUCCACACGCUUUGAGGCGAGCAAAGACAGCACGAUCUAUCGGCUGGCAGUGAAAUCUUUCACACCACAGGACCAGGGCAGCUAUUUCUGCGUGAUGAAUCUCAACCAAAUGCUGCACUUCAGCCCUGGCCAGCGAGCCUUCCUCCCAGCCACCACCACAGUGGCACCCAGCACAACAGCACCCACCACCCAGGGCAGCACCACUGAGGAGCCCAACCUCACAACUGCUGAGCCAGAGGGAAGAAUGCAGGGAGAUCUGAAUUUCUUCUGCCACAUCUUCAUCUGGGUGCCCUUGGCAGGUGCCUGCCUCCUGCUCCUCCUUGCCCUGGUGAUCACCAUCGUGCUGUGCCAACAAACCAGAAGACGAAGAUGCAGGUGCAAGAGACCUGCAAACGGGAAACCUCCCACCAAACCCAGGACGCCAAACUAGCCCAGAUCAGCAUCUGCUCCUCCUGGCUGCUGGAUCUUCUCCUGGGAGCUGUCAGCACAGAAAUCCAUCUCCUGCCUUAUCCACAAGGCCACGGCACCUCAGCCACUCUGCCCUGGCAGGUCUGAGGAGACGAGAGGGAGCACGGACACACGGACACACGGACACACGGACAGGGAGCAGCAGUUCCUGGGAGCUGCAGGGUCAAG